AUGGAUCAAUUUGAAUAUAACAUUGUUUUAGAGUUUGAAAGUCAAAACCAGGUUGAAUCCGCAUAUCAAAUUUUCAAGAGCGUCCCAAAACAGUUCAACUCAAACAGUGUUUGGAAGGAAAACACUAAAAGUGAUCAUCAAAGCUGGCAAGAUUGGAGAAUCUGUGAUUGGGAAAUAGAAAUGAUUACUGAUUUCAUCAAUCAAACAUCGAAAGAAGAGGAAACCGAUUUAAUCACCUCACAAUACUUAGGCCAUGGAAUAAUAAGGCUAUUUAAAUUGAACAAUGCAGCUAAUUCCCAUAAUGAAAAGGAAAUGUUGACUAUCCCUGGAGAUGAUACUAUGAUCUGUAUCCUAUUUGUUCCGACCUAUUUUACUGUUCAUGAUUUAUUGCAUUUUUAUAUUGGUGAUGAUAUUGUCAAUAAACAAGUUUCAAACUUUCGUAUAUUACGAAAUCAGCAAAAGGGAAUGGGAUUUAACUUUACAGUCCUGAUCAAAUUCAGGAGUGCACUUGAUGCAAGAAAUUUUAAAGAAGAGUUCAACGGCAAAAGCUUUAGUAGGAUGGAUCCAGAAACAUGCCAUGUAAUCUCCAUAAAGGAAAUUGUUUUUCAAAGAAAGCUCUUCCAAAGACCUACCGUUAACGAAGAUUUUCCCUAUCUUCUUACUGAUCCAUUCACUAUAAAAAAAACAAAAGAACAGGUAAAAGUUGAACUACCCACAUGCCCUGUUUGCCUUGAAAGAAUGGAUUCAGAAACGACUGGAUUAGUAACUAUCCCGUGUCAGCAUACAUUUCAUUGCCAAUGCCUGAACAAGUGGAAGAACUCAAGAUGUCCCGUGUGCAGACAUUCAAGUUUGCGGCUAAGCAGGGAAUCUUUAUUAAAGCAGGCAGGCGAUUCUGCACAUUGUGCAACAUGUGGUUCCACCGAUAAUCUGUGGAUCUGCUUAAUCUGUGGUAACGUUGGAUGUGGUCGUUAUAAUUCUAAGCAUGCGAUUAAGCACUAUGAAGAAACUUUACAUUGUUUUGCGAUGGAUAUACGGACACAAAGGGUAUGGGAUUAUGCGGGGGAUAAUUACGUCCAUCGACUAGUGCAGAAUGAAGUUGAUGGAAAAUUGGUAGAGGUGGGCGGAUCUGGUGAUGAUAACAAUAGUGGGCCUGGCAAUUCAGAUGAGCCGAAAAAUGUUGUUAACGGUAGCAGGAAUAAAGAGGGUGAAGGAUCAAGCUCUAAUAAAAAAGAUGGGGAGCUUGCAGCAAAUUUCCUGAGACAUAGGGAGUAUCAUCUAGAAUACGUUCAAGUACUAAUCUCUCAAUUAGAGUCUCAAAGGGAAUACUAUGAACUGAAACUACAAGAAAAGAACCAUAGUACAUCUGAUUCCUUGAAAAUAGAAAGUCUGAAGAAGUCGAUGGAAGAUUUAAAACAACAAUUUCAAGAUGCUCAGAGGGAAUGGCAUAAGAAAGAAAUGACCCAGAAAAAAAAAAUGGAAGAAGACAAACUAGUGAUCGAAGGGCUACAAGCCAACCUGGAUUACUUGUCAAAAAAGCAAGAGCAAUUGGAGCAAGAAAAUAAAGCGUUGGUGGAGUCUAAAGUGGACCUGGAAGAACAAGUCAAAGAUCUAAUGUUUUAUUUAGAUUCUCAAGAAAAAUUCAAAGACGCUGACGAGAGUGUAAAAGAAGGUACUGUCCUAAUACAGCAGCCCCUAAAAGGAGCCCAAGCGUCUAAAAGCAAGAAGAAACGCAAUAAGAUGAAAAAGCUAGGAAAAUAG